UGCGAGUGUGCAGGGACAGGCUCAAAAGCCCUUGUUGUCUAUGUGAAAUAAAUGCUAGUGCUGAAGCAGAUAUGUACAACAGUUUAACAGGAUGUGGACAGCAAGGAGCCAUUCUUGGGUCUUUGAAGGCUGUCCUUGCACAUCCAUCCUUGAGAAAACUACUAGUGUAAUGUGAUAGUAACGUAGAUUCAUCAAAAUGAGCAACAAAGAGAAGAGUUUAAACUAUGUAAAAUUUUCAUGGGAGUUACUUCGACUGCAGUGUGAAUGGGAUGACUGUACUUGUGAAUAUGAAAAAAUGACAUUAUUUUUAGAUCACGUUAAUGGACAUGUAGCUACAUUAUCAGAAGAUUCUGUACAAUGCUGUUGGAGAGAUUGUAAAGUAGUGACUUCUAGUACUGACGAACUCAGAAGACAUGUGUUCUUUCAUGCUUUUCACACCAAAAUCAAGUGUUUUGGGCAAAACUUCAUUAAUCGUAAAAAGCUUCCGUCUUGCACCUUAGAUCAUUUAAGCCGAAAUGCCAUUCCAGAGUUGCCAAACAGCUUGAAUUGUUGCUGGGGAAAUUGUGAGAAUGUUUAUGAGAGCCCAGAAUGUUUCUAUCGUCACGUUGAAGAACAUGCAGAAGAAUAUCCCAGAGGAAAUAAUCCAAAAGAUCCUGUUAAAUGUAAAUGGCAAGAGUGUGAUGCUGCUUUUCGUAGUUUGUAUAAAUUGAAAGAACAUCUUCGCUCACACACACAAGAAAGAAUUAUGGCUUGUCCAUAUUGUGGGGGAAUGUUUUCUUCUCGGUCGAAGCUUCAGGAUCACAUCCACAGACAAGUGUCUAAUCAAGAUGCUCCAGAAGAAGAGGUAGAAGAGUGUGGAUAUUGUCAAAAAAAAUUUUCCUCUGUUCGUCUUUUGAGAGAUCAUAUGCGACACCAUGUUAACCAGUACAAGUGCCCUUUGUGUGACAUGACCUGCCCAACACCAUCAAGCUUACAAGGUCACAUCAUUUACAGACAUUCAGAAGAGCGUCCAUUUUCUUGUCAGUACUGUGAUUCCAGGUGUAAAAGAAUAUAUGACCUACGCAAACAUAUGCAAGUCCACAAUCCUAAUGCAGUUUAUGAAUGUCCUGCAAUGGAUUGUGAUUAUUCUACCCGUUCUAAUACUUGUUUGAAUAACCACAUGCGUCAUGAACAUGAGUUCAAUGUUGUACCAUCAAAGAUGUACCAACAAGACAAAGAAGGAUACUACAGACUUCAGAUGGUACGAUAUGAAAGUAUUGAACUUUCACAGUCUGUACUGGAGGACCAGGGAGACAGCCAAGAAGUAGAUGACCCUAUGAGUGCCAUGGAAACCACAGAAGAUGAAUCUUCCAGUCAGCUCACACAAACUGUGACUCUUGUUACAGAAACUGCUGAGGAUGAAGAUGACAGAGUAGAAGUGGCAGAAAUGCCAUUUGUAGUGUAUGUUCAAGAAGAUGACAAAGACAAGACUACAGAUUCAUCUGUGUUGGUUCACCUUCCCAAAUCUGAAGAAGACAGCCUUGCUCCUGUUAUUUAUUUAAACAGUCAACAGACUUUAGAAUCUAUUAGUGAUGUAAAUAAAGGUUACCGAACCAUUCAGAUUGUAGAGCAAACUAGUGAUGGCAAAACAGUACUUCAGACAGCUCAUGUUCUGGCAGAAGGUAGUGAACAAAAUGCCAUGUUUCCACUAAUAGGAUGAUUCUAUAGUCACCAAGGCUAUUGAGUGUUAUUAAUGUUGUUAAUUGAUAAAAGUAAGGAGAAUAAUUUUUGAUUCAUGUAACCAAAACCUUGGAUAUAAUCAAAGAAAGAGUAAUAAUUUGAACAAACUAGUUGUAUCUAGUUCUUGUGUUAGGCACAAAAAAGAAACUAGAAAAAUCUAAUAAAAGAAAUCCAGACUUGUUAGUUUGAAAGACACUACAAAGUAAUAUUUUUUUCUUAAAACUGUAUCAUUUUGUAGUGAAUUUUUGGUCAUCCAUCUAACAUUAAAGAAUUUAUGGUUAUAAAACACCUACUUUAUUGUUUUUACUUUCACUGUUACUGAAAAAGUAACAAUAAAAUAAUCUGAUUUAUGAAAAGUGAAACCAGUCUUUUCAACUUCAGAUUCCUCUUGUUUUCAUAAUUGAGUCUACGAUAUAUUUUAGCAAUGUAUUUUAUUUUGUAUGUUCUCUUGUUUUAUGCUUCUGUGAAUUUGCUUUUACAUCAUAAUCAUUUCUUUUCAGUAUUAUGAUGUGAAGCUAACCUUCCCCUCUCACCAGUGAUGUGGAAAAUAUAUUAAAUGAAAGUUCUGGAAAUAUAAAACUUGUGUUUUGAAUAUUAAAUCAGUUGUUUAUUAUAAAUUCUUGUGAAAUAAAAGCAGUUCUAAAAACUUUAAAACAAAACAGCUUGAAUGUGCUUUUUAAGAGAUACCCACUUAUGUUAUUUCAACUAAAUAAAAGUGAUAUAAUCUUGCUAGUUUGCCUAGUGAUGAGUUUUUAAAUGUCUCCAGCAGUUAAGUAAAGGAAUAAACAAGCUAGUCUUAAAUGUUGUGGACAAAAUAUUGUACAGAAAUAAACCCAUUAUUUCACAAAUAGCCAUCUCAAAACUUCAUAUUUUUUGUAAGUUAAAAACACAUCACUAGGCAAACUAGCAAGAUUAUAUCAUGUUUAGUUAGUUGAAACUUUAUCUUAUGAGGUAUUCUUCAAUCCUCACUGAAAUAACAUAAUAGUCGAGUAUAAUGGUGUGUUUCUUGCCUGAGGAAAAGAUUAAUGUAAGUUAUAGCUGAUUAAAUUAUGUUCACAAGGAAACUAGCUUAAUGCAAGAACACUUGUGAAAAUUUUAAAAUAUUCUACCUGAUAUUUUAGUUAUAGUAAAGCUCUGGCAGUUUUUUCUGCAAUAUGUACACUGAAGCUCUUAUUAUCAGUAAUAAAACUGAAACCUAAAAGUUUUA